AUGGAGUUUGAAUUAGCUGGAACCAAUCAAAAAGCUGUUUAAGGCUGGCGAUUUGACAAUAAUGGACAGGAACCCCUUAAACAAUAAUUAAUUGAACCAUAGGAACCCCAAAUCCAAACAUAAGGGUUUUUCGAAAAAAUUAAGAAUUAGUUUAAUGAUUUACUUAAGCCACCUGAUAAAGAAGUUGAAUAAAGAAUAAUUUAUUUGGAUGGUAAGGUAUAUCCUUAAAAUAAUAUGCCAAACAUAGUAAAGAAUCAAAAGUACAAUAUUUUGUCAUUUGUUCCGAUGGUGCUCUAUCAAUAGUUUAAAUACUUUUUUAAUCUAAUCUUUUUAUUGAUAACACUGUCAUAAUUCAUACCUUUGCUAAAAGUAGGUUUUUUAUUUAGUUAUGUUGCUCCAUUAGCAUUCGUAUUGAUCCUAACAUUACUUAAAGAAGCAUAUGAUGAUUUUUAAAGGUAUAAAAGAGAUAAAGAGGCUAAUUCACAAGAAUACACUUAAAUUGGAAAAGAUAAAACAAUAUAACUUUAGAGUUGGCAACUAAAAGUUGGAGACAUUAUUGAAGUUCAUGCAAAUUAAAGAAUACCAGCCGAUUUAAUUCUGCUCCACACAAAUGAUGUUACAGGAACAGUUUUCAUAAGGACAGAUUAAUUAGACGGAGAAACAGACUGGAAGUUAAGAAAAGCUAUAAGACAUACUUAAAAUUAUGGUUAAAAUAAAAAUCUAACAACUCUUAAUGCCUCAAUAACUUGUGAACCCCCUAAAUUAGAUAUAUACGAUUUUAAAGGUUUAUUUAAGUUAGAGGUUGGUGGUGGAGAAGGCUAGAGAGAAGCAUUAUCAUUGGACAAUACUCUUUGGUGUAAUACAUUCUUGGCCUCAGGGAAGAUAUAGGCUGUGGUGGUUUAUACUGGAAAAGAAUGUAGAUCUGCUUUAAAUUCAAGAGAACCUAGAACCAAGAUGGGAAGAUUAGAUGAUGAAUUAAAUUAAUUGGCAAAAUUAUUGUGUGUGUUGCUAGUAUGUACUGCAUUCACUAUUGUAUUAAGUAGUGGAUUUUAAAAUGAAUGGUUGCUUCAAUUAUUUAGACAUGUCUUAUUGCUAAGUUCAAUCAUACCAAUAUCUUUAAGAGUUAAUUUAGACUUUUCCAAAUUAUAUUUUUCUUAUUGCAUAUCAAAUGAUAAAGAUAUUGAAGGAUCAAUUGCUAGAAAUAGUACAAUACCAGAAGAAUUAGGAAGAAUUUCUUAUGUUUUAACUGAUAAAACAGGUACGCUAACUUAAAAUACAAUGAUUUUUAAAAAACUAUCUUUGGAGAGAAUGUCUUUCUCAGUUGAAACAUUAGGUUUGUUAAGGAAGAUGAUUAAAAAACAUUGUGCUAAUAGUAAAUAUCCUAUGGAAGAUGUUUUAAAGAAAUAUCAAGAAUCAGGAGGAAAAAAAAUAAAACCUUUCAAAAGAAAUAAAGAUUAAAUUGUCAGGGACUUGAUUUCAGCAUUAUCAUUAUGUCAUAAUGUUACGCCAGUAGAAGAAGAAGGAUAAAGAACCUUUUAAGCAAGUAGCCCAGAUGAAAUUGCGUUAGUUAAUUUUGCAGAAGAUGUUGGAUUCAAAUUAGUCAAUAGAUAGUUAUCUGAAAUAAACAUUUAAAAUGCUGGUGGAACACCAGAAUCAUAUAAAAUAUUAUAUGAAUUUCCCUUUACAUCAGAAAGAAAAAGAAUGGGUAUUAUUUUACAAAUGUAGGGAUAAAAAGGUGCUAUUUUUUAUUUAAAAGGAGCAGAUUCAGUGAUGAAACAAAAAGUUCCAGAAGUUUAGAGAGGAUUCUUGAUGGAUGAAUGUGAAAGUUUAAGUAGAGAGGGAUUAAGAACUUUGGUGAUAACUUAAAAAUACUUGACCGAGGAUGAUUUAAGAAAUUUUACAACAGAAUAUGAAAAAGCAAAAAAUUAAAUGGAAGAUAGAGAGGCUCGUUGUUCAAAAGUACUGGACUUUUAUGAGAAUGAUAUGGAAUUGUUGGGAUUAACAGGUGUUGAAGAUAUGCUUUAGGAAGAUAUUUAUGCAACAUUGGAAUCAUUAAAAAAUGCAGGAAUACAAAUAUGGAUGCUAACUGGAGAUAAAGUAGAAACAGCUUAAUGUAUAGCAAUCUCAACUGGAUUGAAAAGCCCUACUUAGGAAAUGUUUGUAAUUAAGGAUAUUGAAGACUCUUUAAUCCUCCAAAAUGAGCUAAAUUAAUUUGCUCUAAAAAAUAAUAGCGUACUUGUUAUAGAUGGAUAAUCUUUAAAAGUUGCUCUUGAAUUUCAACAUACAGCAUUUUUCCAUGUUGCUUGUAAUGCUCCUGCUGUAGUCUGUUGCAGAUGUUCACCAACCUAAAAGGCUUAAGUUACUGAAUUGAUAAAAGAGCAUACUUAAAAGACAGUUCUGUCUAUUGGAGAUGGUGGGAAUGAUGUUGCUAUGAUUUAAGCUGCUGAUGUUGGUGUCGGAAUAGUUGGCAAAGAAGGAAAAUAAGCAGCACUCGCUAGUGAUUUUUCCAUAUUAAAGUUUAAGCAUUUAGCUGUUUUAUUAUUAUGGCAUGGUAGAUUGGCUUAUAAGAGAACCUCUGUAAUGGCUUAAUUUGUUAUGCAUAGAGGAUUAGUUAUUGCAUCAAUAUAAACUAUAUUUUCCAUUGUAUUCUAUUUUGUUGCUAUUCCUAUUUAUAAUGGUUGGUUGAUGUUAGGAUAUGCCACUGUUUAUACUAUGUUUCCUGUAUUUUGUUUAAUUUUUGAUUAAGAUGUAACUAAAGAAAAAGCUCUGGAAUAUACCGAAUUAUAUAAAGCCUUACUAAAAGGUAGAGAAUUAACAGUUAAGACCUUUUUACUUUGGUUAUUUAAAUCUAUUUAUUAAGGUAAUAAUUUAUAUAACAUUUAGCUGCUGUUAUUAUGGUAUAUAGUUUUGCUGUCUUUAAAAAUACAUUUCUAGAUUUAGUUACAGUAACAUUUAGUAGUUUAAUAGUAGCUGAAUUAUUAAAUGUUUUUACAGAAGUGAACAACUUUAGAUUUGUAAUGUUUAUUGCUGAAAUGUUUACUUUAGUAGUUUAUGCAGGAUCAAUUAUUUUUUUAUAGAGUUAUAUAAAUUUAGCGGAUAUCGAUUAAAAAUUCAUCAUAAACGUUUUAAUUUUAGUAACAAUCAGUUGGUUACCAUUACAUAUUAUGAAAUUAAUAUUAAGAAAAUGGGAUCCAUCCGAAUCAGACAAGAUAAUGCAAAAAAUUAGAAUAAGGAAGUGA